GGCUUCAAGGGUUAUGCGAGACAAUGCCAGUCAAUAUGCGCAUUUGGACGAAACAUACAUGAUGUACUCCAUACUUACUCCUCACACACGCUUCAAAAGUAUUUCAUUAUUCCAUUAAUCUCAUUUUUGGUGGAACGCGUGGCCCAAUCACGGAAAUCCCUUAUUAGUCCCCUUGUGCGGGACCUUGCAUCUUAUUCGAUUUCGCUGGUUAUGGCCCGUCCAGAGACAGAACUAGUGGGUGACAAACUAAUGGUGCAGAAGUUAGCGCCAGGUACAGGUACCGGCUGGUGGGACAACUCAGGGACAACACAGCAAGUAGGGCUUUCACUUGUCUGCCUUGUCGAAGUUGGUCGGAAUUGCCAAAUAUGGACUGUUUGCGACUCGUUACUGCCCAAUAGUGAAUGGCUCCUUCCUUCCGUUGCUCCCCGGCGCCUUUUCGCUGAAAUCCUGCGAUCCUAUUUAUCCCCAUUAUUGCCAUUAAUGCCAAUUGGUGACCGGAGUCGUUUCUCAUCUUAUUUCUGGGCACACACGGGAACACACGCACCACACGCACAGGCUCCCCUGGUCCCCUACCCCCUGUACUUCAUGGACAGGUCCAGGCGGGACCAAGUGGAUUGCCCUGUCUGAACUGUGGGAACUGUGGGAACAACACAGAGUGUGGAAAUGGAUCGAAACAGCCCCAUCACGGCCCGUGACUGGCUGGUUGUCACAGAGAGACAGCUCAGAGCUUUCAUCUCGGUUUUUAUCGAAUCGCCACUUCUCAUCUCCAUCCCGUCUCCCUCCCGUCCCCAUAUUCUGUCGCUUCUUCCCCAUCUGCACUUCUGUCUCAAUCCAUCAUCACAUUCGUUACUAUAUCAUCAUCGCAUCGCCGUCGCUCUUCGCACGAAAAUCAAGACGAGAAAUUUCGCACGCAAGCAAGCUCGAAGAAAAGCUACCACUAAGGUCGAUCGGCGGGCAAGAUCAACCGAAAUCAGCGCCGUCCCACGAGCUCUUGGCCGCGAUCCUCGCCCUAGCACCUGGCGAUAGCACCAACACCACGCGACGAUGAGAUUCUUGGAGCAGAAGGCUGCCGUCGGCGCCGCUAUUGUAUUGCUGGCAGCUGCGUCUGAAGCAAGGCACUCUCACAACAGGCCGAUGCAAUUGGAGACUCUCGAGAGGAGACAUGGACAUGGACACAGUCACAAGAACGCGCACUCUUCGAGAGCAGAGCACGAGGACCAGCCGGCUUUGGAUAAGCGUGAUAUUUGCUCGUUCCCAUUGACCGCCGGUCUGGUUGCUGUUACUCCUGGCUCUCAAAAUGCUGGGUGGGCGAUGAGCCCCGACCAGCCUUGCACUGCGGGCAAAUUCUGCCCCUAUGCGUGCCCACCUGGACAACUCAUGGGUCAAUGGGACGCCGACGCAACUACAUACUCAUAUCCGGCAUCCAUGAAUGGUGGCCUCAAAUGCGACAGCGGUGGUAGAAUCAAGAAGCCAUUCCCAAACAAGCCUUAUUGCUACCAGGGAACCGGUUCCGUGUCUGCCCAUAACGAGUGCGGCCAAUCCGUCGCGUACUGCCAAACUGUGCUCCCCGGAAAUGAGGCCAUGCUCAUCCCUACCAAUGUGGGCAGUGGUCAAACUGUAGGAAUCGCAGUUCCUGACACACAGUACUGGGCAUCGACGGCGGCACACUACUAUAUCAACCCACCCGGAUUUUCCACUGCGGAUGCAUGCAUUUGGGGCGAUGGAUCCAAGCCGAUCGGUAACUGGAGUCCGUAUGUUGCCGGCGCCAAUACCGAUGCCAGCGGAGAGACAUUCGUCAAGAUCGCCUGGAACCCUAUCUACACCGGCGAAUCGACUUUCUCGAACGAUCUCCCCAAGUUUGGUGUUAAGAUUACUUGUGAUGGCGGUGGCUGCAACGGCCUGCCUUGCUCUAUCGACCCCGCCGUGGUUAAAGUCAACGGUGUGACCAGCGGCAACUCGGCAACCGGUGCGGGCGGCGGCAACUUCUGCGUUGUCACUGUGCCAAAGGGUUCAAAGGCGAAGAUCGAGACCUUCGAUGUAGGCGGCUCGUCUGGCGGCGGCGGUAGCGGAGGCGGCGAUGAGACAACUGAGCCAUCGUCCUCCGCCGAACCUACCCCAACCCCGACACCAACCCCCACCCCAACACCUACUCCAACACCAACCCCCACACCCAGCCCUAGCAGCUCUUCCGUCGAGAGCUCCUCCUCCUCCCCAUCCUCCUCUAGCGAGUCUAGCACGUCUAGCGAAUCCAGCACCAGCGAGUCCAGCACUAGCGAGUCCAGCAGCACCAGCGAAGAGAGCAGCAGUGACGAUACCACAUCCACCAGGGUCCACCCCACUGUCCUGCCACAGAUGCUAUUCGAGAAUGACACCGCCCUCUACAACAACGCGGCGCCCACCUCUGGAGGAGUAGCCUCCGCCGUACAGCAAGGCGACUCCGACGCCUCUAAGGGCGCAGCUCCUUCGACUAGCAGCCCCAGCGUCGCUAACUCCAUCUCCCUGCAAUCGAGCUUCGUCGCUCUCGCAGCGGCCUUCGCGGCGUGCAGCAUGCUGCUAUAGGCCAGUCAUCAUCAUCAUCGCCAUGCAUAUUUUACGGAUAGGGUCUACGGACCCACUCCGCCAUUCUAUCUUCGUUGUAUAUACGAUAUUUAAACUAUUUUGCUUCACACAUACCCGGGUUUCAGCGACAAGCGAAAACCCCUAUUUUCACGACAGAUUUAUGGGAUAUUUUAGGAUGAAUUUUUUCUUUUUUUGAACGUCUUAUACCCCCACCUUGAUCAUAAUUCGGCCGGCAGGGAUCGGAGAGAAAACCGGAUUUUGUUUACAUUCACAAUUACGACUGGCCGCCCCAGGGGGUUUUUGGAGGCGUGCUGAGUUUUUAUUAUUUUUUAUUUAGCUCUCUUGAGCAUAUUCUUACAUUCUACGAUUUUGAGCUUUCAGGAUUUAGAGAUUUUGGGACGGACUGAAGGGGGGAAGCACAAAAUAUGAAAAGAUGAGAUAUUACGAAAUUAGUGGAGAUUGGUGGAAGUUAUGAGGGAUGUGCAUGGCGCAUCUCUCAUAUGUCAUCUAUAUGCUAUAUAUAACCUACCUACAGUACCUUGAAGGGGGGAUGGUGAUAUUUAGGUUAGAGAAAUAUAAAUUUAUA